AUGGCAGGAUGGCGAGGACUGCUGUUAUUUCCACGGAUCGGACGUCGGUUCAUUGAAUCGUUGUCUUCUGCAUACAAACCAUUUGAUAUGUUGCGACGAACUAUUACGCAGCGUCUUUUUACUUCGGCCGCCUUUGUUCGACCUCGUGUAUCAGUGUCUUUGCCUGCAGCUACACGUGUAUCGGCUGUGCGAUCGCUUUCCUUUACAACACCACGAUGGGACCAUGUGGCCGAUGCCGAAGAACAGAUCCGUAUUGGCACAGAUCAUAUGAACAACGGCGCCAUUGAUAUGGCUAUGAACAGCUAUCAUCGCAGUGUGCAGUUGGCUCCAAGUGCGGCUGGUUAUUUCAAUAUUGGCGUUUGUUAUUUCCAAAUGGGAAAGCAUCGCGAUGCCAUUCAAGCGUUUGAGCGAUCACUGGAAUACAGUCCGAAUUCGGCGGAUGCACAUACCAACAUUGCUUCCGCUUAUUUGAUGUUGAAGGAUGUCAAGAGUGCUAUGCGACAUUUGGAACAGGCAUCUAACUUUAAUCCUCUGGAUGGAGAAGUCCAAUUUAAUUUGGCCGUCGUCAAGGAAGCCACCGGCGAUCUCGAAGGUGCCAAAGCCCGCUUUGAACGGGCCAAGGAUCUCGGCAUCGAUAAAGCACAACAAGCCCUUGAUAAACUAGCAAAGAAAAUGCAGUAA